AUGUCAGAAAUCCUCCACCAAGCGCGAUCUCUCCUCAAUUCUCACGGUCGAGAUUACGCUGAGUCCCCUCUUCCAGCAUGGGCUUUCUCCGCAGCUGUCCUAUCGCAGCUUCCUUUAGCUCGAAAACAUAACGCCAAACUAUUCCCAAGGCCAUGGACCCUCCUCCUCUUUUCCUCCACCAUGGCAAUAGGAGGCUGGAUGACCUACGACCAUGCACCAAUUGACGGCGCCGGUACCACCGCCGCCUGGUCAUUCCUCUACCUCAUGGUAAAUGGUGUGCGCAAGAGCGUAAAGCAGCUAGUACGCCUACGGAACCCAUUGCCACUGGGUGUCGCAGGUUUUGCAGCUGUAAACGCAAUCACUCACGGAAACUAUUACUUUAAUACGUCGAGGCCCAAGGAGGAGAAGAGCUCAUAG